CGGUUAUUGUUUUUCUUCUGGUCCCCUCCAGCUGUCUUCUUUACUGUGAAGGAUGAUGAACCAGCGGCGUGGGAUUCAUCUGGACCAAUCAGAGCUGCUUUGCAAGAAGGGAUGUGGUUUUUAUGGCAACACUGCUUGGCAGGGCCUGUGCUCGAAGUGCUGGCGAGAGGAAAACCAGCAAGAAAAGCAAAAACAGAUUAAAGAAGACUGGGCACUUGCUGAGAGGCUACAGAGAGAGGAAGAGGAAGCAUACGCAAGCAGACAUCAGAAGGCCCAAUCACAAUCUACCAUCACACCCUUCAGCAAAUUUGAGGAAAGAAAAACUAAGGAAAAGUCCAGCAAAGUCCACACAGUCACAAAGUUUUUUACUCCUUCCACCAAAACACCACCAAAAAAAGAUGCUUCUCCUUUUGAAGCGCAGUCCAGCCCAAGCCCCAGCUCCUCUUCAAGCCGUCAUUCUUCUGUGGACAGUGACCAUGCAACGAGAGAAUUCAUUGAUUUUCUCAAACCUCUGAAGUCUGGCAGGGAGAUUUUCAAACAGUGCCGGGCCUUCACUGAGAGCAUGGUCUAUAAGCGAGACAUGGGCGCUGAUGAGCUCUCAGAGUGUGUGCAGGACUUCUACCAGAACCUCUCUGACCGCCUCCAGACCCAGUUCAAAGGUUCAUCAGAUCAUGUUGAGAGCGUUAUGGAUGAAGUAGAGAAGUACAUGAUGACUCGUCUCUACAAGGAAGUCUUCUGUCCUGAGACCACAGACGAUGAGAAGAAAGACCUGGUCAUUCAGAAGAGAAUCAGAGCCUUGCAUUGGGUCACCAUUGAGAUGUUGUGUGUUCCUGUGAAUGAGGAGAUCCCUGAGGUGUCUGACAGUGUAGUCAAAGCCAUCACAGAUGUGAUUGAAAUGGAUUCGAAGCGCGUGCCCAAGGACAAGCUGGCGUGCAUCACCCGUUGCAGCAAGCACAUCUUCAACGCCAUUAAAAUCAGCAAGAAAGAGGCUGCCUCUGCGGAUGACUUUCUCCCGACGCUCAUCUUCAUUGUGCUGAAAGCAAACCCUCCACGACUGCAGUCCAACAUCCAGUAUAUCACCCGCUUCAGCAACCCCAGCAGACUCAUGACCGGAGAGGAUGGUUACUACUUUACUAACCUGUGCUGUGCAGUGGCCUUCAUCGAGAAGCUGGACGGCCAGUCUCUGAACCUAAGCUCGGAGGAGUUUGAGCUCUACAUGUCAGGGCAGGCAUCCCCGCACUGGCCACAGGCCACUGGAGCUUCCUCCUGCUCCCCAGGCAGCGCAGCUCUCACUCAGGUCCACAAACGGCUGGACAUGCUAACAGGGCUCGGAGAAAGGCAGGAGCGGGUCAUGGAGAAGGCUCGCCAGCUGGAGAGCGACCUCAUCGACUGGACGGACGAAGUGGAGCAGAAGGUACAGAGCGUUCUGGAGAGCUUUCCACCAGAGACGCAAAACCCUACUGCCACCACAGAUAGUGGGACAACAUCUGCAGCAUCGUCAGCAAUCGACGCUGAUAACGUUGAGAAUGAGCUCCUGCCGCCACCGCUGCAACCCCAAGUGUUUGCUGGUUGACAUGAAGAGCUGCUCUCUAAGAAAAAAAAAUCCUCUAGAGGCUUUACUCCAUCCUCCUUCUUUACCGUGCUGUUUAACUUUGCUGUCCGUAUGCACAUACAGCAGCAGCAUCCGAUAUGGAGCCCAUUUCCAACCCGGCCGUCUCUGUUCCAUCCAUCCAUUGUGUAGAGGCCCCGGAGCUACACAGAACAGGAACAGAACUAUUGAGUUAAAAGAUUGGCAUUUUUGGAAGCACACUUUGGCUUUCUUGCGGUGUUAGAUAAGAAGAUCAAUAACAACUCUCAUGUCUGUAAAGUAAAUGUGAACCUUUAGCCGUUAGCUUAGCAUAAAGGCAAAAAAUGGUUUGUACAAAAAGUGUAAAAACAACAGGUUACAUCUCGCAGACAUGUGAGUGGUUUCGAUCUUCUCGUCUAACUUUCAGCAAAAAAGUGAAUAAAUGUUUCCCAAAAAGUCCCACAGACAGCCACCGAGGGCAAGUACACUCCAAGCAUGAAAAGUAAAGGAUCCAGUGCAGCAUCUGCAGCAUACUCUUACUGCUGCUUCCUCCAAAGUGAGAUGUGCAGGGAAACCUUCCACAGAGUGGCGUCCAGGAGGCAUCCUGAUGAGAUACCCAGACCACCUCAAUGUGCUCCUUUUCAAUGCAAAGGAGCUGGCUGUCUCCACUCCAAGUUCUUCCUGAACACAUCUGUUGGUCACCCGCAAUGGCAUCUUCAGUACCUCAGUACUUCUUCAUCCUUAUCGUUGUUCUUCAGACGUGAUAAAUGGCUGGAUGUGAUUUGUAAACAUGUUUGUGUCAUUAUUCACAGGUUUUUGUUACUAUGUUGUGAUGUCUCCAGGUGUAAAUUAACAAGUGGAGGAUCAACUUGACACGCAGAACCAUACUGCCCAAGUAACCUCUAAUAACACGAGUAACAGGAAUUUUGAAAAAGGAAAUUGAGAAAUCGGAAUGAUGCAGAACUUAACUUCCCAUACUAAAAUAACCCUCCAGCUCAUGCUUGUGAUUUGUGCUGAAUCCACUGGGUGUUUCCCUGUCCUGCAGAGAAAUAUCCAGAAAGAGAUAUGUGUGUGUGCGUGUGUAGCGGUUGUGCAUGCGGGCAAGUGUGUGUGUGUGAGAAUGUGAGGGUGCUGCAUGGACAUGUUCCGUUAGUGUUGAUGAAUCAUAAAGCUGCGUGUGUAUGGAUAUUGUAGUCUUGUUUUCAUGCCAGACGUCUCACUCCAGUCAUAAGCUGGAUGUACAGAAGUGAUUUUAUUUUUCUAUAGAGUGGCAGAUAUCAAUUCUUUUGGAUGCAAUAGGAAAUAUUAAUCCUGUAAUAUUUACAGUAGUAAAGAACAUUGCUUGAAGACAUGUUACAUGAAUUCUAAUGAUUGAAUAGUCAAAUUUUCAUCUUUGUUUAUCUUCUCAAAAAGGUGUCCUAAGCAUGUCCCAUCAAAAAAAUAAAAUAAAUAAAUAAAAAAUCUGUUCAGAUGAUUUAGAGGAUUUAAAAAAAACAACAAAAUUUUUUGAUUAAGUAGGUAAGAAGCCAGCGACACUGUUUCCCAAGACAGAAAUUACUCUGGGUUGCUUUGCUAGCGCAAAAUAAUCAACAUAACAUGACCAAUGUCAUUUAUUUUGAAGCACUUUUCUUUUGUUUAAUUUUAAAGCUUUUAAUUUAUAAGUACAUUUAAUGAAGGAAAUUAAUGGUUAUAUUCAUUUGAAGGGAUAAUCGGUUGGUAUUGUGGGCUGUUGCAACACAGACGUACGUCAACUGUGUCUUUGGCAGUCUUGUAGUGUAAGAAAUGUUUGGGAAAGUUAUGUUUGUUUUUCUAACCUAGAUUUGAAUCUUUUUGUUCUUAUUUGCAACAGUAUAGUCCGUGUGAAGUUGCUGUCCAGUUUUAGUUUGAGGAGACUUUUAAUGCAAACCUUAACAAUAGCUUGAAUAACUUCAUAUUGCACUGUAUGCAGAAGCCAUUUAUCAGGUAUUUUAAAGAAGUUUAAAACAUCAUCUUUGUAACCUUAUAGGUUUGUUAUUGUAUCACUUGGGAGAAAGUAACUCAAUACUGUCUUUUAUUUAAAUGUAACUUAUUGGGGCAGUAUUGGUUUAUUUGCAUCUAUGGGUGUGUGAUGCAGAUUAAUAAAAAUUAAAAAUGCAUGUGCACUCGUG